UCGAUGAGGUUCGACAAAACCCAGAAGUGAUCCGAAGUGCAGCUCGCCUCACAGAAGCGAUUAUAAACCCGAGGAAAGACUCGGUCUGGACUCAAACACGCUUCAGGUGUAAACACGCCGCAGUCGAUCCGGAUCCGACACUGAUAUUAAUUCGGCUUGAUCACUGACUCUAGACACGGUUCACGGUUCACCCGUUCAUUACCCAGCAGUCUCUCAGUUCUCUGUGGAGGACAAUGAUUCAUACAUCUGUGUUUCUCCUGUGUUUACUGAUCGGUGUGUUUGGUGCAGACACAGAUAACACUGAAACCGUGAGGGUCAUGCUGGGAGAUCCGGUCACUCUUCACACUGACCUGGGCACGGUCCGGAGAGACGAUCACAUCGUGUGGGUGUUUGGACCGGACAGUCCAGACAACCAGAUCGCGGAGCUCAUGAAGUGGUCCUACAUGCUCUCGAUAUACGUGAGCGGAAAGAUGCCGUUUAGAGACGCACUGCAGCUGAACCAUCAGACCGGGUCCCUGACCAUUAAAAACACCAAAUCUGAACACUCUGGACGUUAUAAGUUAACAAUCAUCCAUGACAGAAAGACUUCCCACAAGAGGUUUGAUGUUAUCGUCUAUGCUGCUCUCUCGGUUCCCAUCAUCAGCGCUGACUCCUCUCAGAACUCCACAGCUUCAGAACGGUCUGCGGGUCCAGCGUGUGUCCUCGUGUGUUCUGUGACCAACGCGUCCCGGGCCACUCUGUCCUUCUUUAAGGGCAGUGAUUUAGUGUCCAGCGUCAGCGGCUCUGAUUCCAGCAGCUCUCUCUCUCUGCCUCUGGAGGUGGAGUAUCACGAUGAAAACAGCUACAGCUGUGUGGUCAAUAACUCCAUCAGCAACCACAGCACGCUCUUCAACAUCACCGAUCUCUGCCAGCCGCCUCCAGCUGCCUCAGACGACUCGCUGCUCUUCUGUCUGCUGCUGAUUCCUGUGGCUCUCACAGUGACCGCUCUCAUACUGUGUGUCUGUAGAAAACGCAGAAAAGCAGAAGAAGAGACUGAUGAGAAUUGCUAGCGCUGUAGAGAGCUGUGAGGAUGACAGACCUCGAGAGAAGAUGAAGAGACCUGCUACAAACACUGUCUGAGAAUGCUGUUUUAAUAGACUGGUUGAUUUAUUUAUUGAGUGUCCAUGAUGAAAAUGAUGGCCUGAU